AUGGCAGCUUCUAAAGGAGCUUCUCAGCCGUCGCAGGCCGAAUUGGAGCGCAGAAGAAUUGUGGGGAUCAAUUCAGAGACAGUCACAGAUAUCACCUCGACUGAUUUCCCGGGCCAUUACCCAGGUGAAGACCAUUCCUGGGACGUUAAGAAAUUCAGAAAAGACUUCCAGGUCAAAUUCCACCACAACGACCCCACCGAAGCCUCCUUCUCCCUCAUCGGCCUCGAUGCCUCAGUCGCCAAUGCCUUCCGCCGCAUCAUGAUAGCCGAGAUCCCAACUUUAGCCAUCGAAAACGUCUAUAUAUACAAUAACACCUCCAUAAUCCAAGACGAGGUCCUUGCGCAUCGCCUCGGCCUGAUCCCACUGAAAGGCGGUAACGAGGGACUUCUAGACUACCUGAAAUGGCUCAAGAAGCCGGAAGAGUCGUCCCAGGAAUCGCCGGUGAACUACGACUACAACACGAUCCUGCUGGAGCUCAAUGUCGAGUGCACGAAGAACCACGAUGCGCCGAAGGGGGAGAAGGAUCCGCUGGUGCUGUAUCACAACGCGCACAUCUACGCCAAGGAUAUCAAGUUCAAACCUUUUGGGAACCAGCACAAGUACUUCAGCGGCGAGGAUGCUAUUGAGACUACGAAUCCGGAUAUCUUGAUCGCGAAGCUACGGCCGGGCCAGUGCAUCGAAUUGGAGAUGCAUGCGAUCAAGGGUGUCGGAAGCGAUCAUGCCAAAUUCUCGCCCGUGGCUACUGCCUCGUACCGUCUGCUACCUACGAUCUCGAUUCUGAAGCCGAUUCUGGGGAAGGAUGCUGAGAAGUUUAAGAGUUGCUUCCCGGAGGGUGUCAUUGGCAUUGAUAGGGUUACUAAGAAAGAAGCAGAGAUGGUAGGAAGCGGCUAUGAAGGACACGAGGGAGAGAAGAAGGCUGUGGUAUUUGAUACGAUGAAAGAUACGGUCAGCAGGGAGUGCUUACGACAUGAGGAAUUUAAGGACAAGGUCAAGCUCGGAAGGAUACGAGAUCACUUCAUAUUCCAGGUUGAGAGUUUGGGGCAGUGGAAAAGUGAUGAGCUGUUCAUGGAGUCUAUCAAGGUCCUGAGACUUAAGUGCGAGAACAUGAAGAGGAGCCUGAACAACAUGGCAUCAACAUGA